UAGUGUUCUAUUACAUCUUGAGUUGCAUCCAGCUUCUCUCACACCCUCUUGGGCUCCAAUUUCGCCUGCAAACAGACCCCUCGUUUUGGUACUGGAGGAGGCUUUAAAUUCAGCAUCCCGUGGAUCUAAUCACUACCUAACUGCUCAGCCACACUCAUAGAGAGAGAGAGAGAGAGAGAGAGAGAGAGAGACUGAGAGAGAGGAGGGAACCUGACCCUUGGGCACAGCCAUGCCUGCACUCCUGUCUUCUCUUCUAAUCCUUGUCUUCCUGAAAAUAUCAGCCACCACUGGUGCUUCUGAAUGGACUUCCUGGUUUAAUAUUGACCACCCAGGGGGAGAAGGAGAUUAUGAGACAGUGGAAGCUGUUCGUUUCUAUUACCCAGAUCGUCUGUGUGCCAAACCUAUUGCAUUGGAAGCCAGGACAACUGAAUGGGCUUCUCCAGAGGAUACAAUGGAGGUGGUGCAUUCAAGUCCAGAGAAGGGUUUUUGGUGCAAUAACAAAGAGCAAAAGGAAGGAAAACUCUGUUCCAACUACCACGUGAGGUUUAAGUGUCCUCUUGAAGGUUACUGGUCACACUGGGAAUCAUGGACACCCUGCACAAGGACUUGUGGAGGGGGAAGAAGGAUUAGACGGAGAGUGUGCACCAGUAAGAAAAAUCCCUGUUCUGGACGAACUUACCAGCUUCAAAAAUGUGGAAAGGCACCAUGCAAAGCCUGUGACCUUUUGUGUGCCCAAGGAGAGGCAAAUGAAGCCUGUAAAAGGUGCACUUGUAGCAGCCACGCACUGGUUGGAAAAGUACAGGCCAGUCAUAGCUCUGCCCUUAAUGGUGCCAGGGUGUUCCUGAAAAAUGAGCUUCUGGGCACUACAGAUAUACGGGGCAACAUCAUAAUUCCUGGGAUCUGCUCUGAUGACCAUGUCAACAUCACAGUGGCUUUGGAAGGCUUCUCCUCAGUAAGCCUGCAGAAUAUAAAGAAUGGGUCCAGCUCAUCCUAUUUUGUAGCAGUUUUAAAGAGAGAAGAAAGGCCAUAUAUGGUACAGCAUCCAUAUUCUAAGAUCCGAAAAGAAGGUCAGAAGGUGACACUUUGCUGUCAAGCUACCGGGAAUCCAAUUCCAACUAAAUAUUACUGGUAUCACAAUGGUACAUUACUGGACAAACAGAUAUUAAAAUACGACAAUACCUUAACCCUGCGCAAUCUACAAGCUGUACAGGCCGGAACCUACCAGUGCAGAGCAAAUAAUGGACUUGGAGUCAUUAAGUCUUCUGUAGCUCAGUUAACAAUUGUUGGUAAGCAAGUGAACAGCUGCAGCAAGUCACCCCAAGAACAUCUUAUUAAGCUUCCCGCUGGCUGUUUUCAAACAACAACUCGUUCUCUCUACUACAAUGUUGGCAAAUGUCCCAAUACCCAGUGUGUGGGAUCUUUAAGCUCAGAAAUUCUUUGCAAGGAUAAAGUAGAUUAUUGCUGUGGGAUAAAGCAAAUGAUGUUACAAGAGGUGCAAUGUCCGGGUUACAUAUUACCAAUUAUGGUUGUGAAGGAAUGUGGCUGUGUGCAGUGUAUACAGCCAAAGGUACUUGUGCGAGGAAGGGUGACAGCAUAUGAUACAGGGGAACCACUACGCUUUGGCCAAAUAUUUGUAAGUGGAGAAAACAUGGGUUUCACUGGGUACAAGGGAGAGUUCACUUUGGAAGUACCUGCUGGGACCAAAAGGUUAGUAGUCACUUUUACAGAUCGUGAAGAUAAAUUUGUUGAGACCAUCAAAGUCUUUCCAUUUGAUCCAAAGGGUAGUACUGUGUAUCAGGAUGUUAAGAUAAUGCAGAAAAGUCAACCAGAGAAUCUAAAUCCUGGAAUUAUAAAUAUCAUUCCCCUUGGAACAAUUGAAGGAGAGGACCCAAUGGCAGAGCUUGUAAUACCACCUUACUCUUUCACCAGAAUGGAUGGAGAAGUAUACAAUGGUACUGUAAAAGCUAGCGUAACCUUUCUUGACCCCAGGAAUAUUAGCACUGCCUCUGCUGCUUCAAGCGACCUUAACUUUGUCAACAGAGAUGGAGAUAUCUCCCCACUAAGAACUUAUGGAAUGUUUGCAGUGGACUUCAGACAAGAAGACACCAAUGCUGUACUGCUGGCUGGAAAUGUGGAGGUCCACUUAAAUACAGAACAAGUUAAAAUGCCACAGCACCUUAAGGAAAUGAAACUAUGGUCUUUAAAUCAAGAGACUGGAUUGUGGGAGGAGGAAAGUCGUUUUCAAGUGGCAAAGGGGAGCCAUAGAAAAAGAAGAGAAGAGAGGUCAUUUCUAAUUGGACAGAUGGAGAUACGUGAGAGGCGUCUUUUUAAUUUGGAUGUACCAGAAUAUAGGAGGUGCUUUGUUAAAGUCAGAGCCUACAUGAACGAAAAGUUUAUGCCUAGUGAACAAUUAGAGGGAGUGGUGAUAAAUCUUAUUAAUUUAGAGCCCAUGGCAGGAUUUAAAUCAAAUCCAAGAGCCUGGGGUCGAUUUGACAGCGUGAUUACAGGAAAAAAUGGAGCUUGUCUACCUGCAUUCUGUGAUGCUCAAAGACCAGAUGCCUACACCGCCUAUGUCACAGCUAUAAUGGGAGGGGAAGAGUUAGAAGCUGCUCCGUCCUCCCCUAAACUAAAUCCCAACAUAGUUGGAGUAUCACAACCCUACCUGUCUAAGUUAGGCUAUCAAAGAACUGAUCAUGAAGACAAAGCAGGCAAAAAGACUGCCUUUAAACUUAAUCUUGCUAAGCCAAACCCAAACAAUUUAGAUGAAACAAGUGGACCAAUCUAUGCAUUUCGCAAUCUGCGCGGGUGUGAAGAAGCACCAGUCUCAGACAACCAUUUCCGCUUUUACAGGGUGGAAGAAGACAAAUAUGAGUACAAUGUGGUCCCAUUUGAUGAGACAGAUUUAACAUCAUGGAUUGGUGGAUAUUUGUCCUGGUGGCCAAAUCCCCAAGAAUUUCGAGCAUGCUACAUAAAAGUAAGGAUUCAGGGAUCACAGGAAUAUAUGGUUCGGUCCAGAAAUGCUGGAGGGAGCCAUCCAAGAACUACUGGUCAACUCUAUGGGCUGAGGGAUAUUAGGAGUGUUAGGGAUUUGCAAGUUGACAGAAGUUCAGCAGCCUGUGUUGAAUUCAAGUGCAGUGGAAUGCUGUAUGAUCAAAGUGUAGUUGAUCGUACACAUGUAGUUAUUAAUCCACAAGGCAGCUGCCGAAUUAUAGAAAUCAACAGACUUCUAAAGGAAUAUCUUGGACGGCAUCCUCCGGUAGUUUUAGGAAAUGAUACUGGUGCAUUUAAUAUGUUAGCCCCUGUAGACCCACUAGGGCAUAAUUAUGGCAUCUAUACAGUCACUGAUCAAAAUCCAAAGCUGGCUAAAGAAAUCGCUAUUGGACGUUGUUUUGAUGGUACCUCUGAUGGCUUCUCAAGAGAAAUGAAGUCUACAGCUGGUGUGGCAUUAACAUUCAGGUGUCAAGAGAAGCCAGUUACACAUGAAAGCUUCUUCCAGCGCUUGAUUAAUAACCCUGGCGAAACACUUCGUGAAAUCCGUCGAGGUAUGUUGGAAAAUGAACAAACUGAAACCUUGCCUCAAGUUGUUCCUUAUCCUGCUACUGGACGCACUACCAGCCGAGCUAGAAGACCUAUAGCCAAUCAGAGAAGACCUGGGCAAAUUAGGAGGAACUGACACCUGUUACAUAAAGAAAAAAGUAUGUGUGUAAUUUUUUUCUCUUAGAUAAGGAGUCACUUAGGAGACCACGGAGGGUCAACACACAACAAAUCAAUGAAUAUAAAUAUUAACAAUUAAUUGCAAUAACCCUAUGAGGCAAGAAUUGUGUCUUGAAAAGUGCAAAAGGACUAUGUGUAGAAAUGUUUUGAUGCAGAGAUUUUAUUUAAAUGGAUAACAGAUGAAAGAACUUAAGUAUUAAAAAAUAAUAAUAUCCAAAGAUGUGUGUAUGUUAGCCUAUCAAAAUGUAAAGUUAUAAAGAAAGACUGUGAUUUAGUAUCAUAUGUACAUUUAGGAGUGGAAGCCAUAGCAAGACCAAUGAUACAAGCACAAUGAUCUAUUAGAAGAUUUAGUUGCUCUGUUUUGACCUAGUAUUUUCCAAGGUCAUAACUGCUGUGUUACCCAAGGUGAGGUUUCUCCACAAAUGUGAUUAGUUUUCCCGUGAAAUCUCCAUAAUACAGUAUGCAUAUUUGUGCCAAAUUCCAGCCCAUUUGUCCACUGGCAGAAUAAAGUGGAGUGCAUUUUCUCCACUGGCAUUUGUACGGAGAAACCAUUAUGUGCUCAUGGCCCAAGAGUUACAAGACUUGCACACUGACCUGCUAAUCUCUAUAUGUGACUGAUGAAAGCCAGAUCACAGUUGAACUGUGCAAAAAAAUAGAAUGUUCUAACCUAAUGCUUUAUAUGUAGGCCUCUGGGAUCAGGGGAAACCAUUGCUUCACUGAGCAGCAAAGAUUGAAAGAUUGUACCCAGAGCAGUUUUUAUGUGUUUUUCUGUCAUUUAGCCAUAAACAAAAUAUACGAUUGAAAAAUGUACAUAUAAAAGAACUUGGGAAUUAGUAUUGGGAGCAGAAUCACAUUAUACUGAGUGCCAUUAUCAUCUGUCCAGGGUUAUUGUUUGCAAACAGUAUUUAAAGGCCAUGCUCCAAUAACUUAAUUGUACACAUAUAGUUGCACUUAUAGCAUCACAAAUUAAGAAAUUAAGAAGAGCUAGUAAAUGAGUGGUUUCAAAAAUUCAUGAUUGUUUCAUAUUUAACCAAUCAAAACUAAUAAUCAAAUUGAACCCGACAGGAGUAUGCUGGGGUCAGCAAGCAGCUAAACUGAAAGGCAUUCCUUUAGGCGAAAUUAUCAGAUCAGUUUGUGCAUGGCCAACUAUAAACAGUUAUACCUGGGAUAAACAAAUAUUGUUUUGAAUCGCAAUUACAAAUAACUUCAAAAACAUUGAAUAUUUUUAAUUAAGUGCAUUGUUCUUUCCUUAUGCAGUUUUUGGUUGUCAAGCCUUCUUAAAGGAAGAAUAAAGCUCAACUAAAAAGUAGGUUAGAAUCCCUGCUCCUGUUUUGUUCUUCUGUACCAGCCCAAGGCUGGAGGAUCUGUGCCCCCGAAAAUGCUGCCAGUAGCUCCCCAUCUUCUUUUCUUCUCUUUACUGCACAUGCUCUGUGCUGCUGUCAGUUACUGAACUUAUGGACCCACUCACAAUAUACUGUACUGUAUAUACAUAAUAUAAAUGUCCCAGUAUAAGGCUGAUUAGCAAAUAAUGUAGGUUAUUAGUACAGCUCUGAAACCAGUGCAGUUAGCAUCCACAUUUUAUGAUUAGCCCUGUAGUAUUCUAUUACAGACAAACCUCAUUUUCUGCUUGAUACAUUGCAACAACCACUAAGCUUAGCUUUUCAGUAGCUGCCCAGAGGGCACUGAGCAUGUGAGUCACUGACACUUUUUAACAAAAUCCAACACAGGGAGCUCCUAUAACAACUUUGAAGGCCUGAAUCAUUAUUGUUAUAGAGAUUCCAAUCCUCCAGGCUGGUGCAAUACGUUCAGUAUAUAAAAUACAGCAUUUCUAACCAUAUUUGUUUUUAGGAUUUAGUUCCCUUUAAAAGGGCUUAGCAUGUCCAGAACAAAAAAUAAGGUUCUUUAUUCGUGCGCAUAUGGAAACUGUGAUACUGGAAUACACUGGAAUACAGUGUAACAGGUUUAUCCGCCUGCAAUUUGGGUUCUGAGCUUUAAAUAUCCUGUAGCAUGACAUCUGGCUAUUAUAACUUCCCUCCAAAUAAAUGACAACAGCUUUCCAUUCGUCUCCUGUAGACAACAGGAAAUAAGCUGGGACAUGUUAAGUGGUUGAACUCAGAAAUCCUAACUGCCGCUGGAGAGAAGAAACCAAACAAGCAUUUCAGGCCUCUGCCAGCUCUUGGCAUAAGACAAAGAAUUAUGUCUCACAGAAAGUAUUCAUGCCUUAAGCGUAAGAGCAGAGUUUUAAAAGAAAUGGUCUUGUUCAAAUAAUAUGAUCAAACACUGGUGAUUAUUCUUAAAACCCCACUUUUGGUGCAUUGAAGGAUACAUUAAAAUCCCUCAAAAUUAUAGAUUACACAAAAAAAUGCCGAAGGCUCUCUUCUAAUUGUCAGUGGGUGCGUACUGCAGUAUUUGGCACAGGCUGUUGUUAAAGGAGACAUAUUGUGUGAAAAACAAGUGCCAGUGCCUUACACUCUUUUAAAUAUAGAAGGAAUGUGCUUAAAAAACUAGGAACCAAUGGAUGGGGAUACUGUAGCCUGUUUUUGCUUGUGUGGCUGCAGGGCUGUGAUUGGCUAUCCCCUUCUUACUGUGCUUCUGGAUGGGAUCUUUAGGAUACUCCCACUCCUCAUUAGGGACAAGGGCCAUAGCAGAUCUACAGUGAGCUCCAAAAAAGGCACCAUUUUUUAAAGAUAAUGAUCAUUUUUAUCUCACAGUGAAACCAGCACCAUGUUAUUUAUUAUUGCCUACAAGAUUACUAUGCUACGUGUUAUGCUAUAACCUGUGAAAAUAUGGGCUCAGGUCUCUGUGCAGCACAUACACCAUGAAAGAAUGCCCUCCAAAAAAUUCUGACUUCCCAAACUACCUUCCCUGGGUAUAGCAGCAUACAAGCGGAAUGCUGGGAUAUUUUGUAAUGGACGUGACUGUAAAUAUGAUUUUGUGCCUAUGUAAUAAAUGUCCACACCCCAUGUGAAACAUUUGCUGUAUAUACGUAAAAGUCUGUUAAAUGUUAAUAAAGCUAUUUUCUCCAGUGUGGGGUAUUCCAUUUUCAUAGUA